UUAAACAUGGGACACAAGCCCAACCUUUCUGAUGAUAGUUGGUGUCUUAAGGGGACUCCUGAGAAUUUCAAAGGAAGCUGGAGCAAACAAAGGUGCAGCACCAGUUCUGCAGAUUACACCAAAGAACUAACUAUGUUUACCUAAUCACCUGAGAUGUAAGCCAAUAUGUUUAGAAACGUUUUUUCUUUUUAUUCAACACUUUUACUGGUUUGUAAUAGUCAUUGCAGCUGAUAGCAAGAGAAUGCAAAAGCUGAGCCAUCUAUUUUUUUGUACUGCAGCGACAUUCUUGCUUCAGAUGGAGACAAACUGAAGCACAGACUUCAAGCCUUGGGUGUGUCGGAGCCUCACUCUGCUAUGGCUGGACAAAGCUGGCGGGCUUUUGUCUUCCAUUUGCUGGUUACUUCCUUUUGGCUGACCCACAUCAGUAUUCUGCCACAUAAAUGAUCGGUGUCUUUGAGCAGCUCUUAUUUUACCCAUCCAGGAAAUGGAGAAUGAUGACAAACUUGCAGAAAGCCGGCGAUGUUUCAGCUUCUCACGUCGCCACAGUCUGUUCUUAUUUUUGACUCUGGGAGUCUUGUUUUUCUUCUACAGCACUAACAUCAGGGUCAUGACGUCCGACUGGAUCCCUAAACAGUGGAUACAAAACCACCCAACGAAAUCCUCCUUCCCAUUCAGGAAACAAACUACUCUAUUAAGAAACACUAAUGUGUCCAAAGCCAGGCUGGCUGCUGCUGCUUCUCCUGGGCCCACAAUCAAGGCCACCAGAGGUAAAAGUCCUCAAAGCACAGCCAUCCUUCCAACGCACCGUUCAGUGACUCAACUGCAAAGGAGGCUUUCAUCAUUGGGAACUAAGAAAAUGCUAACAACUCAAACUCUCCAUAGGACGGCCAUUCCCUAUGUAUCUCCUGGGCCCUACUUGGUGGAGUACCCUUAUGAGUAUCGCUAUAUCAUCAAUGAGCCUCAAAGAUGUGAGCAGGAGAAGCCAUUUGUGGUUCUGAUUGUUCAAGUGGCGCCACGCAACAGAGCUCACCGUGACGUCAUCCGCAAUACCUGGGGAAGUGAGAAGCUGGUGAACGGUAAAGCUGUGAGGCUCUUCUUCCUACUUGGAAUGCAAACUGGAGAUGACACACAGCAGGUCCACCAGCAGCUGCAGCAGGAGAGCAAAGACCAUCACGACCUCAUCCAGAGUAACUUUGUGGACUGUUACAAGAACCUGACCAUAAAGACCAUGGUGAUGCUGGAGUGGCUGAACUCUUUCUGCUCCAGCACUCCUUACGCCAUGAAAAUUGAUUCAGACAUGUUUCUGAAUGUUGCUAAUCUUGUCAAUAUGCUCUUACAAGCUCCAACGACAAACUACAUGACUGGCCUGGUGGCACAUGGGGGACAAGUCUUAAGGGAUCUCAAUUCCAAAUGGUACGUUCCUGUGGACCUUUUCAGUGAAUCCGUGUAUCCUCCCUACGCUUUGGGUCUGGGCUACGUUUUGUCUAUUGACCUCACCAAAAAGCUAAUUGAGGCUUCUAGACAUGUUAAAGCUCUUUACAUUGAAGAUGUUUAUUUAGGCCUGUGUAUGAGGCACCUGGGUAUCCAUCCAACAGACCCCCCAAAUGGGUUCUACUUCCAUGUAUUCCCUCUGGGAUACAAUCGAUGUAGUUACUCCAAGAUAAUUGCCACUACAACUCAGCAAGACACGGAUCGAGUGUGGCUCUGGAAGGACUUUAAAAAAAAUGGUCAGUACUGUUGAUUUGUGUAGAAGGUUGAAAAUAAUUGUACUGAAAUUAAUAAAGAACUUAAACGCCUCAGAAAAGGUCAUUGCUGUUUUAAGGGUGUUCUUAAAACUGAAAGGAAGAAGGCGGUGCCAACUCCUCAGCAAGAAAAGUCCUUAUUGGCUGUCAGAAAAAGCAGUAGGGAGUCUGAAAAGGUGCUGUUUUUAGUGACAACAUUGAUAAGUUGGAAACACUUAGACUUUGACAACUUUUGUUGUCAUUUUGUAUACGCAGUGUUUGUACAAUAUGGAUUUGAUGUUGAAGUUCAGAGCUUUGAAUACAUGUUGUGCAAUUAUGCAGUGUUUUGGUUUGGUGUUGUCAGUUUGAUGCAGAGUCUGUGACAUGAUUUAGAGUUUUUUUCAAUAGUUCAGCUGUUUGAUGGCAGUGGGGAAGAACAGGGAGAACAGUCAAAGUCCAACAUUGGUCCAAGGCUGUUUUUAUUGAAGUAUAAUUUAAAAUGAAAACCUUUUUGUACCAAUGUCUUUAAAUUCCUGGUCUGGUGGUGGCUUAAAGGUUCUUGGAAGAUCUGAAUAAACUGACUGCAUGACCA